AUGGAUGAGAAGGCGCAGCUGCUGCGCUCCGACAGCAUCCACCGACAGUUUGCGAGGAUCCUCGCUGAUGCCCAAAAACAAUAUGCCGAUUCCACCGGUCUUGAUCUCAAGGACUACAUGACCCCGCCCAUGAGGACCACUGAAGACCUUCUCAACGUUGUCAACCGCCAGAAUGAACAGUUUACGAGCUUCCGCGAGAAGCGCCAGACCUUGUUCCAAUGUUUGUCCGCCGCAUGCAAGCCCCUCGAAGUCGUCGGCGAAGCCCUGGCUGGCGCAUCCGAAGACAUUUUCCCACCUGGCCAGACCAUCUUCGCUGCCGUCAUGUACCUCGUGAACGCCGCCAAGGACGUCUCGGCAUGCUACGACUCCAUCAUCGACCUGUUCGACCAGAUGCAGGACUUCACCAUUCGACUCAAGUUCUACGUGUCGCAAAAAAUGUCCAACGAGCUUCACGAUAAAGUCGUCAAGAUCCUCGUCACCAUUUUUGAAAUAUUCGUCAUCGCGGCGCACGAGGUGCGGAAUGGCCGUCUCAAGUCCUAUUUCAAGAGACUGUUUGGGAAGGAGAGCAAGGUGCCUGAGGCUAUGAAAAAGCUGGCAGCACUCACCGAGGGUGAGGAGCGACUCGUUAUUGCAGAGACCAGCGCCGGCGUAAAGCGGUCGCUGUCCAACCAAGACCGCCUGCUUGAAAUGAUGUCAAGGGUCGAUGUUAACGUCCAGACCCUUCGUGCUGAAACACGCGUGCCCCAGACGAGGGAGCAGGCGCUCUCCUCCAACAGAGAUAAACUCAAGGGCAUCCUGCAGCCCUCAGUAUACCCCGAAGACUCUCUCUCGGCCCUUAACAGGACAAGGACCCCAGGUACCUGCGACUGGAUCUUGGAGGAUCCCUCUUUGAAGGCUUGGCUGGCAGGUGAUAUUCGCUUCCUCUGGGUUGCAGGAAACCCGGGGACUGGGAAGUCGUAUUUGACGUCUCGUCUUGUUUCGUGGGGCCAAGAGCUUCUCAAUAACCAAGAGACCACCAGCAUGAUGGGGUACUUCUUUUUUAAACAGAACAACCCAGAGUCUCGCUCCAUGACACAGGCCUUGAGGGACAUGGCGUACCAAAUCAGUGAACAGGACGUUUUUUACGGCAAGCAGCUCAUUCGCGAAGUAGCUACCAGCGAUGAGAUCAAGACCGUUUCGAGUGCAUUCAGGAAACUGCUUGUCGAACCAUGCGUGCCCGACAGGUGGAAAAGACAUAUUUACGUACUCAUAGACGGCCUGGACGAGGCCGAACCUCGCGAAGUUACCGAGUUUUUGUCCCUAUUGGAUGACCUUAAUCAGCAAUCCGCGGAAGGUACACGGGUCCAAGUCGCAUUGAUUGGACGACCAAGCCUCUCGGACGACAUCAACGACUACGUAGGCAACGACUCUACCGGGGGUCAGCAACUCCGAACGAUACACGUUACACCCGACAGAAACAGCUCAGAUAUUGUAUCUUACAUUGUCGAAGGCGUGAACUCUGCGCGGAUUCUCCGAGGGUCCACCGAAGAUUUCAAAGAGAACGUUAUCGAGGCAAUGGUCAAACAGGUCGACGGCUUGUUCAUCUUGGCCAAGUUCAUGUUAGCAGAGCUCAGCCGGAUACGGCAUCCCAGAAGGAUCAUUGAGAGUUUGCAGUCCUACCCGAAAGAAAUCAACGGUAUGCUCAAGAAGGCUGUCUUGGGAUUCAGCGCAAGCAUCACCCAAGAGGAGGCGGACGAUCUGAACGAGAUUUUACGCUGGGUUUCGGUGGCUGAGAUGGGUCUCACACUGGAACAAAUCGAGGCCGUCCUUACUCUCAAAAUGGGCGAUGCACCAUUUCGCCUCGAAGAGUCUUUGAGAGGACAGUUCUCAUGCUUCUUCACGCUCGAGCGCGAAGAUGGUUUAUCGACUGCGGAUCUUGCCGACCGACAUGAACUUCAUCGCCGACUUUCUCUUAUUGACGUAGACACUGCGAAGAAAACGAGCCCAAGGACAAGCCCGGAUUUCUUGGACGUUGACAGGGACAUUGAGUACUUCUCAAACAAAAGCACUACAUACGUAACAUUCUUCCACAUGUCCGUCAAGGAGUUCUUCAGGGAUGACACAUCGACGGAUCUGAGAACAGACGCCAAGUCUCCCUCCAUCGGCUUUGAGCUGGCCAAUGCCAGACUUCACGUCCUGAAAACUUGCCUGCGUAUCUUCACUGAUCCGACAUAUUUUACGCUAGGCCACGAAGGUCUCUCUCUGCAACGAUACGCUGCGUGGUACUGGCCAGAGCAUCUCGAAGACGUCAAACGUUCCGAUAUCUCAGUGGCUGAGAAGGCAGACAUCGGACAGCGCCUUUACACCAUGCUUACGGAUCCCACUGUGCUCCUGACGUGGACCAACCUCUUUGAGGAGGCGCUGGAUAUUUGGACAGACAAGAACAUUGAGGUGGUCUCCAAGUGGCUGAAAGACCCUGAUGUCCUCAGCGGGCUCAGCGUCGAACAGAGAGCAUGGGCAACUGCCGCGUCGUCAAGUCCUGCGCGGCUGCUGGAGCCCAUGGGUCGAAUUUUCGCCAAAGCCUGGGUUGUCGAAGGCUUCGGGAUGUACAUGCCAACCCUAUUCUGUUUCGGUGUGGUGCAGUCCUUGCCUCUCCUCGAGGAGGGUAAACCAUGGUCUUACUCCAAGCUGCACUGGCAGGAUGUCAAGGUCGAAGAAAGAAUCCAAAGAGCCACCGAAUGGGCCAACCACCCCAAGACUGGGCAUUGGUAUCGAAGAAUCGGCAGUACGCUUCUCAAUCUCGGAGAACAUAAAAAGGCACUGGAGUACUUCGAAAACGCACUCAACAUUGACAGCAAUAUCGUAGAGAGCUGUGGUCGCAUGGGACUUUGCCACGCAAUGAGCGGCAAUUUUGAGAAGGCACUCAAGCUUCAUCUCAUGUGCGAAGUUGUGGAACAGGACCACAUGGCCAAGGGCUACUACAAGACUGACCAGGAAAUCAAGAACAGCAAAUGGAGGCUCUACAAGAACCAAGCUCAGAUUGCAAAGUGCUACAACCGCAUGGGUCGUGUGGAGAGCGCCAUUGCGUAUUGCCGAAAAGCCAUGCGAAACGCUUACGACACUCCUGAAUUUGAGCCAGAGGCUGCCUACAUGAGGGUUCUCGCUGAGAACAACCGCGUCACGGAGAUGAUUGGCCUUUUUGACGAGCUGGACGGUCGAUACACGGAAAGGGGAAAUUCACGAUUUGUCUUGUUUCUUCUGAGCCAAAUUCCGGACCCGUCGAUAAGGGAUUGGUUUCCUCAGGCCGCCGCUCGGACAGGCAAAACGGAGGUUCUUGCAGAGCGCUACGCUUAUGCCAUCCAGUCUGCACACGACGCGCAAGACUCUCGCAAGGCGUUCUAUCUACGAAAUUCUCUGGGCAAUGUUUACAUGGCGGCACAGCAGUAUGAUAAUGCCAUUGGCAUUCAGGAGAGCAUUUGCUUUCACGACUACAAAGCCAGAGGCAGCUUGGCUGUGCGUAUCGAGUAUAUUGCAUCUUUCAAACAACUCGCGAGGGCAUACUCGUUGAAAGCCCUCGAAGCCGAUGAGAUGCUGCGAUCUGAUGCAGUCAACCCCUGGAUCGCCAAACUCGAAGAACUCAUGGAACAGCAGCGCAAGUAUCAAAAUAGAAAUGUGCCACUCCACAUGGCUGGUUUUGACUUCAACGAAGCUUCAAUCUACCUGGUUCUUCUUUAUCGCCUCCACAAACAAGAAACAGAGUCUCGUAGACUGCUGUCGAAGUUAGUGUCUGAAAGCUUGGAUCUGUUGGAGGACGACGAGCCGCAGAACGACGAGAUCAGUAUCGCCAACCUGCAGCGGACGCUGAUCGCGGCAGGUGAUACGACAAAUGCGCGGGCACUUUGGCAGUCUGCGAGGACACCUCCGGCAGCAACAGCUCUAGCUGGCCACUUGAUUGGCGAACGACGCUCAAGUUCGCCCAAAAUUGGUGGCCUGUCUCCGCGGAGACACACGAAACAGAUCACACUAACAAAGAUUUUCACCGAGAGCAGCGAUUUCUCUUGCGAUCAUUGCCUCAAACUGUUUGCGCCUUCCGACAAGUUCGCUGUGUGCUGGUACUGCAUCGACUCCAAGUUCUGCUUACCAUGCCUGGCUAUUGUCAAAAGCCAGAACUUCACACCUGGACACACGUCUCCAUGCAAGCCGAGCCACGAAUGGCUGAUUGUGCCGCCAUUGCCGAAGGACCUUCAGGCCGGAGAGAUUUUCGUGAGUGGGCAGGUGCAGAAGCUAGACGAGUGGAAGUCAGCACUACGGCAGAAGUGGGUGCAGUCGAAACCUGUCGCGGGGCUCGGUAUUUUCUAG